AUGUAUCAAAGUUGCAUCCGAUCUCCAAGUCCAAUACGACAUGUUAGUACAAUACUUUCACGUGUUCCCAAGAAUUCCUUUAUACAAACUUCACGUAGUUAUAGCAAAACCACCACAAAUCCUUUUAGUCGAUUACAAUAUACUACUUUAACCUCCAAUAAAAUACAUAAUAAUAUCAGACCUAUUUCUUCUACGUCUCCAUUACACGCACUAAGAACAACAACACGAGUAUCUUAUCACUAUUAUAGUACAUCUACUCAAUAUGAACAUUCAAAACCAAAGCAAGUCAGUGAAGUUAUUCUAAGUAAUGUACCCAAAGCAGACGUGAAAAAAGUACUCGUUGUAGGAUCUGGUGGUUUAUCCAUUGGCCAAGCUGGCGAAUUCGACUAUUCGGGUUCGCAAGCCAUUAAAGCUCUGCGUGAAUCAGGCAUACAUACUAUACUUGUAAAUCCCAAUAUCGCUACUAUUCAAACAUCACAUGCUUUAGCAGAUACCGUUUAUUUCCUACCUGUUACUCCCGAAUACCUUACACAUAUCAUUGAACGAGAACGACCUGAUGGGAUCUUGCUAACUUUCGGUGGUCAAACUGGGUUAAAUUGUGGUAUAAAGUUGGAUCAAAUGGGUGUUUUAACUCGAAAUAAUGUUAAAGUAUUAGGUACGCCGAUUCGUACUUUGGAAGUAAGUGAAGAUAGAGACUUAUUUGCGCAGGCUUUGAAAGAAAUUGAUAUUCCUGUCGCGGAGUCCACUGCAGUUUCUACCAUUGAUGAUGCUCUUGCAGCUGCUGAACAAAUAGGUUAUCCUGUAAUUAUUCGUUCAGCGUUCGCCCUGGGUGGGCUUGGGUCUGGAUUUGCCUCAAACCCUGAAGAAUUACACAGUCUAGCUGCCAAAUCUUUAUCACUGUCGCCUCAAAUCCUUGUAGAAAAAUCAAUGAAAGGUUGGAAAGAAGUUGAAUAUGAAGUUGUUCGUGAUGCAGCAAAUAAUUGUAUUACUGUUUGUAAUAUGGAAAAUUUCGAUCCACUUGGAAUUCAUACUGGUGACUCUAUUGUUGUCGCUCCAAGUCAGACAUUAAGUGAUGAGGAAUAUCAUAUGCUCAGAACUGCAGCAAUUAAGAUUAUCCGUCAUUUGGGGGUAGUUGGUGAAUGUAACGUCCAAUAUGCUUUAAAUCCAGGAAGUCUUGAAUACAAAGUCAUUGAGGUGAAUGCUCGUCUUAGUCGUAGCAGCGCUUUGGCUUCCAAAGCCACUGGAUAUCCUCUUGCUUUCAUUGCGGCAAAGAUUGCAUUGGGUCACACGCUUACUGAACUUCCAAAUUUAGUAACCAAAACUACUACUGCAUGUUUUGAACCUUCAUUGGAUUACAUUGUCACAAAAAUUCCUAAGUGGGAUCUAAGAAAAUUCCAACACGUCAACCGUAAUAUUGGUAGUUCUAUGAAAAGUGUAGGUGAAGUUAUGGCAAUAGGUAGGACAUUUGAAGAAAGCUUACAAAAGGCCGUCCGUCAAGUUGAUCCUUCAUUUAAGGGUUUCCAAUCCUUGGAAUUCCAAGAUCUUGAUAAAACACUUAAUGAUCCAACCGACCUUCGAUUGUUUGCCAUUGGUCAAGCGAUGCUUGAAAAGAACUACACUAUCGAUCAAAUUCAUGAUCUUACCAAGGUUGAUAAAUGGUUCCUUUAUAAACUUGGAAAUAUUGUUAACAUUCAGCAUGAUCUAAAACAUGCUGGAAAAUUAGAAAAUGUAUCCGAGACUUUAUUAAAAGAAGCCAAGAAAAAAGGAUUUUCAGACGCACAAAUUGCAACUUUAUUACAAGAAACUACCGAAGAUCAAGUACGCAAAGCGAGAAAGGAUCAUGGAAUUACACCAUACGUCAAGCAAAUUGAUACUCUUGCAGCCGAAUUUCCUGCCAAGACGAAUUAUUUGUACACCACCUACAAUGCUACAUCUCACGACAUAGAAUUUAAUGAUUACGGAACUAUGGUAUUAGGUUCUGGAGUAUAUCGCAUUGGUUCAUCUGUCGAAUUUGAUUGGUGUGGGGUUUCAGCUAUUCGUGCCCUUCGUAGAAUGGGCAAGAAAACUGUCAUGGUGAAUUACAAUCCAGAAACUGUUUCCACUGAUUUUGAUGAAUGUGAUAGACUCUAUUUUGAGGAACUUUCGUAUGAGCGUGUAAUGGACAUUUAUGAAGCAGAAAAAGCAAAAGGUGUUGUAGUAUCUGUGGGUGGACAAUUACCACAAAAUAUUGCUCUGCGUUUACAUGAAAAUAAAGUAAAUGUCUUAGGAACAAGCCCUGUCUCAAUUGACAAAGCUGAAGAUCGGUUCAAAUUCUCGAAAGUUUUGGAUGAAAUCGGUGUAGACCAACCUGAAUGGAAGGAAUUAUCCAGUUUAGAAGAGGCUGAACAAUUUGCUGAUAAAGUUGGAUACCCAGUUCUUGUUCGUCCAUCAUACGUUUUAUCAGGUGCUGCCAUGAACGUUUGUCAUACACGCGAGGCCUUACAUAAGAAUCUUUCUGAGGCUGCAUCAGUUUCACCAUUACAUCCCGUAGUAAUUACCAAAUUCAUAUCACCUGCUGCUGAAAUUGAUGUAGAUGCAGUUUCAUAUAAGGGUAAAUUAUUAGUUCACGCAGUCUCUGAGCAUGUAGAAAACGCUGGUGUCCAUUCUGGUGAUGCUACUCUAGUAUUGCCUCCAAGUGAUACUAAUGCAGAAACUAUGGCACGAUUGAAGGAAAUUGCUGCAAAAGUUGCUAAAGCAUUCGAUAUUACUGGACCUUUUAACAUGCAAGUUAUCAGAAAGGAUAAUCCAAAUGGAGAAUCAGAACUGAAGGUUAUUGAAUGCAACCUUCGUGCUUCACGAUCAUUUCCAUUCGUGUCUAAAGUACUUGGAACAAAUUUCAUUGAUAUUGCUAUGCAUGCAUUAUGUGAUCACCAAGUUCCAGCGCCAGUUGAUCUUAUGGAAUUAAAGAAAGAUUAUCAAGCUGUUAAAGUACCGCAAUUUUCCUGGACACGCUUACAAGGUGCAGAUCCUUUCCUCGGUGUUGAAAUGGCAUCCACUGGUGAAGUUGCUUGUUUCGGUAAAGACAAAUAUGAAGCAUAUUGGUCUGCUAUCCAAUCUACACAAAACUUCCGAAUCCCUAAACCAGGAAGUGGUAUACUUUUAGGAAGAGAUAAUUUGACGGAAGAUGAUGACUUUUAUGCUGUCGCUCAUACACUCUCUAAAGAUUUAGGACACCCAUUAUUUACAUCAUCACCAAAAACGACAGAACACCUUGCGAAACGAGGUAUUAAAGCCACAACACUAAUCUUACCAGAACAUAACAAACGCGCAUUGCAUCAAGUGUUCAAAAGUAAUAAGAUUGAUUUCGUUUUCAAUCUCGCACAACUUCGGGCAGCAGAUACAAGCGAUGAGAAUUAUAUUGCCAGAAGAUCUGCUGUAGAUUUUGGCAUUCCUUUGGUCAAUGACAGUAAAUGUGCUAGAUUAUUUGUUGAAGCUUUUAAGAGAAAACGUCAAGAAUUGGGCAGCCUAUCUGAUGGUCAAUAUCCAGGUGAAGUUAAAAGUUGGUCAGAAUUUAUUGGAGGAAGGCAUUGCUAA